ACUUUUUGUAAAUCUAACAUCCACACAACAUGAUACAGGACUAAAACUACGUCAUGUACCUACUUAUAGUAGAUAAUAUACUUGUCUUAGUGUGAUUCAUAAAAAAUGUGUGUGCUGAUUCGGGACUUCUACUUCCGUGCGAAUAAAUAUGUUUGUAUUUCCGAUAGCUUAUAAGAUGAGGAUAUAAAAACUAAGAUGUAUAGGAAACAGUGAAUUAAAGCUUAUACGAAAGUGAUAGGACAACAACCUAUAGUUUAAUACUAACAGCUAUAGACAAACACAAAAUAAAUUCAUUAGAAAGUGAUCAAAAUGAGGAAAAUAUACAUUUUAGAUUAUACUGUUGAUGUUGAAUGUAAUCCAGUUUUACUAGCAACGUUUAUUUGCAUUUUGCUGGUUUUAUUAUGGCAACGUGUUACAAGUAGAAUGAACUCUUUGCCUGGGCCACGACGAUGGCCCAUCUUGGGCAACAUACCUGCGCUGGCCGGUUCUCAAAGUCUUUACAAAAGAUUGCUGGAGUUAAGAAAAGACUACGGUGACAUUAUUCAGUUACGAAUGGGACCUUCCAUGAAUCUAGUGGUAGUUUUUAGUCAAGAUUUGAUUAAAGAGUUGCUUGUAGAUAAUGCAGAUAAAACAGAAUUCAGACCCAAUUGGCUGUAUGUUCCAGACACAAUGUUUAACAAAACAGGUAUAAUUUGGAGUAAUGGAAAACACUGGACUCACCUCCGGAAAUUCGCUAUUCACGCAUUGAAAGACUUAGGGGCAGAAAAGUCCAAUCUUGAGCAGAACAUCCAAGUGGAAACAAACUAUUUAAUAUCUGCUAUGUGUAAAGAAAAUAAUGUACAGAUGGAUAAACUUCUUCCUAAAGCAGUGUCAAAUAUCAUUUCAAAUAUAGUUUUUGGUUCCAGGUUUGAAUACAACGACCCUGACUUUGAAAUGAUCCUUAAUGUUCUGGAUUAUAUCUUCAAACAUGCUGGCCUCCAUCUUCCGGAAAAUUUCAUGCCAAUUUUAGCAAAUAUAAUGCCAAACUCUGAGGCUAGAAGUUGUUUCGAAGAGAAGGAAAAAAUAGACGACUAUGUGAAAUUGCAGAUCGAAAAACACAAAGAGAACUAUAAUCCAUCUGAAACUAGAGAUUUCAUAGACAUAUACCUCCAUCAUCUGAACAAUGCAAAUGAAAGCAACAUACCAGAUAAAAGUUUAUUUCAUAUGAUAUUUGACCUAUUUGCUGCUGGAUCAGAGACAACAUCAACAACAUUAUUGUGGAUUAUUUUGUAUCUUAUAAAAUACCCAAGUGUUCAAGACCUCUGUAGGACAGAAAUUACCACGGUUGCAGGUCUUAGACAAGUGUCUUAUGCAGAUAAAGAUAAAAUGCCAUACACUCUAGCAGUUAUAGACGAGGUUCAAAGAAUAGCUAGCAUUGGCCCAAUUGGUCUACCAAGAGCCUGCAUGGAAGAUGUGAGCAUAUCUGGUAGAAUUAUUCCUAAGCACUCUGUCAUCAUACCACAUUUUAUGUCAGCACAUUAUGAUGAAAAAUACUGGGAAAAUCCUACAGAAUUUCAACCAGAAAGAUUUCUAACAGAUGAUGGAAAACAUAUCAAACAUCAUAAAGCAUUUCAUCCAUUUUCAGUUGGAUCAAGGACAUGUAUAGGAAAGAAUGUUGCUGAAAUGGAACUAUUUCUUUUCACGACAACUUUAAUUCAACGAUGUAGACUGCAGCAUUCCACACCAUAUGAACCAUUAGAUAUGGAGGGUGUCCAGUCUGGUAUCACACUCCUCCCCAAACCAUAUAAAGUUCGCAUCAGAGACAGAUCAUGUUCCGUGGGGGUAGAAAGACAAAUAUCAAUUUACUGAUGGAAAAAAAGUACAACGGAAGAAAUGUUCCCAGUAACGACCGCUGCUUACAUGACACCAUACAUGAUACCAGAUACGUGAUACGACUAAUUCGUUCAAAUGAUAGUCAUAUGUGUAUAUAUAACGCUAUUGGUGUUUAACUGUCAAAUAAUCUAAUGGGAUGCAACACGAUUUGAUGUGAACUAUUAAAUUAUAGUAUUCAUAUAUACACAAAGUUUAAGUCAUAGCCAAAACUAAUACAUAAAAAGAAAUCAAUCCAUUCACCCAGUUAUAUCUUAGUUAUUACAGCUGAAUGAAAGUGUCAGCUCCUGUUCAUUCGACUGUCAAAAGAUGCAUUGUGGAUAGCUGGUUAGCUAGGUUGUACAGAAUAUUUGUCUGCGACUAUUGGACAUUAUCUGUUUAGUUACAAUGACUUGGUUAGUGAGCUGCUGUGUCCCUGACGAUAGCAGUCGUUAAGAACGUUAAAAAAAUGGAACAAAACAUCACCGCACAUAAUUCAAGGCUGACAACUUAUUAUCAUAACAUCCUGAUAUAAAACUCAUUGACAACUACAGAUGCAUUGUGGCGUAGACAUCAAAUCAACCACCGCGACUUGAACAUAGUCUAGUAUUUACCAUCUGUUUCAACUCCCUCAGCCAAAAUUGACAUUGCAUUGUGGUGGUAUAUUGUAAAAGUUACAUGUUACCAACAACUUAUGACAAAACUUAAACAGUAAUUGAUAAAAGUCUUCGAUGCCCAUGUGUUGGGUUUUUUUUGAAAAAGAGGAAAAAUCCAAAAUGUUAAUUUCAAAUUAACAUGUGAUGCUCUAAAAAUGAACGUCAACAUGUCAAUGACUAAUUCAGAUUUAAGUUUUCAUACAUCCAGAUUGACUACAACAGUACGAUAACUGAUUACAGAUGCAAUGUUGCGUAGGCAGAAAAUCAUUAAACAAAGUUAAAAACCGUCCUACUUAAGUUGUCUUCACAGUCCAACUACGACUUGAACAUAGUAUACUGCCUUAAAAGGAAUAAUCAGUUAUAGCAUUGUAUCGAAAAUGUAAAUAUAACCAUUACAAACUGUGUGUGUUAGAUGAGGAAUUGUUUAUUUCCUAUGUCGAAUAUAUUGUAAAGAAAAUUAUUGUGAUUAAAUGAUUUGA